CCGGUACCGCGCAUGCUCGUCUGUCGUAACGGCUUGCGAGCGGGAGAAUUGUUUUUUUGGUUCUUCCAUUCUUCGGCGGGAAAAGCUGCUACUGCACGAGGACUAAAUUGAGAAAGUGUCAGGACGUUCUUAUUUGCAGAGGAGGAAAGAGCUCUCUAGUUCCCCCCAUUGGGACACUCCCCGAGCAGGCAUUUUUGCAUCUGGUGAAGGAGAGCCAUCCAUUUUUGCUGCCUUCUCUUUUUUGUGCUACAAGACUACAGCAAAUCACAGAGCUGGAGUGAUGAAUGGAACUCUGAUUGCAGGCACACCUAUUGCAGUGGAUUUUUGGAAUAUCAGGAAAGCUGGGCAGGCUCGCUCAUUCUUUCUUUCUCAUAUGCACAGUGACCAUACUGUGGGGCUUUCUAGCACCUGGAACCAACCUGUUUAUUGUUCACCUGUUACUGGUCAAAUUCUACAUCUCAGGCUGAAGGUAGCUAAGCAGUGGAUCCGUCCUUUGGAAGUGGGAGAUAGCCAUGUUGUGGCUUUGGAUGAGAUGGGCAGAGAGACCAUGACAGUGACCUUGAUAGAUGCUAACCAUUGCCCUGGAUCUGUCAUGUUCCUUUUUGAAGGGUCCUUUGGAGUUAUCCUCUACACAGGUGAUUUUCGUUACACUCCUAACAUGCAGCAGGAGCCAGUUCUGAAGAACUCAAAGCUUAUCAACUUCCUCUAUCUGGACAAUACCAACUGUCAUCCUGAAAUUGUCUUACCAUCCCGGCAACAGGCCACUGAGCAAAUCAAAAGGUUGAUCAGGGGCCACCCUGAUCAUCAGGUGAAGAUUGGUAUAUAUAACUUGGGAAAGGAAUCACUUUUGGUGGAACUGGCCCAAGAAUUUCAUACAUGGAUUGUAGUGAGUCCCCAGAAGUUGGAACUUAUGCAGUUGUUGGAGAUGGAGGACUUUUUCACUUCUGAAGAAGGAGCUGGAUGGAUUCAUGCUGUGGGUUUUUCAGAAAUCUGCAAAGAAACAAUAAUCAACUGGAAUCGGAGUCAUCCAACCAUAGCUAUUUUCCCUACCAGCAGACCAGUGAAAAUCAAACACCCUAAUAUAUAUGUUGUUCCUUAUUCUGACCACUCAUCUUUCCAAGAGCUUUUGGAAUUUGUAGCUUGGCUAAAGCCCUGCUCCGUUAUCCCUGUGGUGAAGAAAGAGGCAUGUCAGGUAUAUUUUCAGCAAUACUUGAGUUCUGAAAACUAUUCACCUCUGAAGUCUAAAGUUCCUGAAUCAGUUAAACGAGUCAUGCAAAACGAGAAGAGAGAAAAGCCGAUAAAACUACUAAAAUUGGCAGCCUCUCACCAUGUUCCAAGGGGAGUUUGCUUUGACUCUCCAGAAAAAUGUACUAGACAGAACAAAUAUUACCUUGACACAGAAAUUUCCCAGCAGUGCUGCCCAGAAUCCACUAACAGAACUGUGCCUUACUCUAGACAAGAACAGUGUGCUCAGUCUCCACAGUGUAAAGAGAAACAGGAAGAAAUAACAGUAGAACCAACAAACCUUGAGAACCAGAGAGUAUUCUCUGUAGUAAAGUCAGAAAACGUGUUUUAUGCCAAACAUCAGCUGAAGGAAGAUGUUGUCAAUCAGUUUAAGAACUGUCAGACAGCUGUAACACCAGCAUGCACAUGCACUUUCUCCAGGGACAGAAAGGAUGUGAGGUCCACUCCAGAAAGGGUUCCACCUUCCUCUGUAGACAGUGACUGUCUUUGUCAACCACCCUUCAACUAUGAUGUCUUCUCAACAACAUCACAGACUGAUCAGAUUCACAGAGGAGCCAAUCAACAGGCUUUAAAAGACUUUUUUCAGGAAUAUGAUUUAUCUCCACUAAACACCCCAAAGCAAAGCUCCCUGGAAAACUUUGAUUGGCAAGUAGAAAACUACUUAAAAAGAGGGAGAGUAUCAGUAUGCAUAGAAUAGUGUAAACUUGCAUUCCGGACAAGAACUUACAGGAAAAAGCAAAACUUCUGGUCAAGUACCAAAAGAAGGUAGCUGAGGAAUAAUCUGAUUUUCAAGUGGGGUAUGUCUGUGUCCUUCCCCCACCUGCCCCAAUUAUCUUAAAAUAGAUCCCAUCAAAUAAUCACUUAGACAAAAAAGUGAAACAUGCAGUAUUAACAC